AUGGGAACCCUCAAGGGACACCUGCUGCCAGGGAUGUUCUUCCUCUUCUUCUCACUCUACUACUCGGUGCUGACGUCCUUGGCCCUGCUACGAAGACAGAGGUUCUGCAAGCCCCCUCUGCCCCCAAGGGAGAAGCGAGGACACAGGUGGUGGCAGCUGGUACCUGUGGAAGGGGUGGUGAAAGUUGUCAUCACCCUGAUUGGCAUCAUUCCUGAGUUCUUCUACCCACCAGGAGUCAACCGGCUGAAGAUGAUAGACUGGGAGGACCCUCAGCGUCCGUUUCUGUUCCAAAACAACUGGCAGCAUGUCACUAUGUAUGGGUUCUUUCUGCUCAGUGGUGUGGUGGACAUUGUGAGCCAGUCAUGCCAGGCACGGCAGAAUAUAAAGCUGGAGCGAGCAGCUGAGGCCCUGGCCUUCUGUGUGCUGGCACUGCUGAUGGUAGCCCACAUUGAGAACAAGAGCACCUUGGAGAUUCGUGUGCAUAUCCUGUUCAUAGUUCCUACCUUCCUGGUCAGCCUGGCGCUCGCAAUCGAAGUCUGGGUCCCUGAUCAGCCCCAACUCUGGGUGCUCAAGUGUUGGAUGGGGCUGGUGCUCAGCAAUUGGCUGCUGCAGCUCUGCGUGGUGAUGUAUGUUCCUCCCUCUGGGCAGCCCUGGAAAGGAGAAAACCCCGCGGACCUCGCCUUCCUCUCCAUCUUCUUCUGCUGGCACCUGGGCUUAGGGGCUGCCAUACUGGCCACCAUUUAUGGCAUUUGCAGCCUAUGGCAUCAUCACUACUCUUCCUGGAAAGAGUCCUCAGGUGCCAGUUACCACCUGUGCCCCACAGGAUACAGCAGUGAAGAGUUCGAGAAACUCGGGGCAGGGGCAGAGGCAGAGCUGCAGGAUGGGGGUGUCUAG